AGAAUCCCUGCACAGUUCCUCCAGAGGACGUCCAGAGCAAGGCACUGGCCAUGACCCAGCUAGUGGAAUGUGUCCCCAACUUCUCAGAGGGGAACAACCAGGAGGUGAUCGAUGCCAUCUCCCAGGCCAUCGCCCAGACGCCGGGCUGUGUGCUCCUGGAUGUGGACGCGGGGCCUUCUACCAACCGCACGGUCUACACCUUCGUGGGGCCGCCCGAGUGCGUGGUGGAGGGGGCGCUUGGCGCAGCCCGCGUGGCCUGGCGGCUCAUCGACAUGAGCAGACACAAGGGGGAGCACCCUCGCAUGGGGGCUCUGGAUGUCUGCCCCUUCAUCCCAGUGAGGGGUGUCAGCAUGGACGAGUGUGUGCUCUGUGCCCAGGCCUUCGGCCGGAGGCUGGCGGAGGAGCUGCAUGUGCCCGUGUACCUGUACGGCCAGGCAGCGCGGACAGCUGGUCGUCGAACCUUGCCAGACAUCCGGGCGGGGGAGUACGAGGGUCUGCCUGAGAAGCUCAAGCAGGCAGAAUGGGCCCCUGACUUUGGCCCCAGCUCCUUCGUCCCCAGCUGGGGAGCCACGGUCACGGGUGCUCGGAAAUUCCUCAUCGCCUUCAACAUCAACCUGCUCAGUACCAAGGAGCAGGCCCACCGCAUCGCCCUCAACCUGAGGGAGCAGGGCCGAGGGAAGGACCAGCCAGGACGCUUGAAAAAGGUCCAGGGCAUCGGCUGGUACCUGGAUGAGAAGAACUUGGCUCAGGUGUCCACAAACCUUCUGGACUUCGAGGUCACCGGCCUGCACACAGUCUAUGAGGAGACCUGCAGAGAGGCUCAGGAGCUGAGCCUGCCGGUGGUGGGCUCACAGCUAGUGGGCCUGGUGCCCCUGAAGGCCUUCCUGGACACUGCAGCCUUCUACUGUCACAAGGAGAACCUGUUUGUUCUGGAGGAGGAGCAGCGCAUCAGGCUGGUGACCCACAGGCUGGGCCUGGACUCGCUGGCGCCCUUCAACCCCAAGGAGAGAAUCAUCGAGUACCUGGUGCCCGAGGACGCCGGGCGGAGCCUGCUGGACGGGUCCCUGCGCGCCUUCAUCCGCGAGGUGGGCGCACGCUCUGCGGCCCCGGGGGGCGGCUCGGUGGCGGCGACUGUGGCGGCCAUGGGCACGGCACUGGGCUCCAUGGUGGCCCAGAUGACCUACGGGCGGCGCCGGUUCGAGCACCUGGACCCCACCAUGCGGCGCCUGAUCCCCGCCUUCCACGCGGCCUCCAUGCGCCUGGCGGCGCUGGUGGACGAGGACGCGCAGGCCUUUGUCGGCUGCCUGGAGGCCAUGAAGCUGCCCAGGAGCACUCCUGAGGAGAGGAGCAGACACGUGGCUGCCCUGCAGGAGGGGCUGAGGCAGGCAGUAUCUGUGCCGCUUGCCCUGGCAGAGACCGUGUCUUCGCUGUGGCCGGUGCUUCAGGAGCUGGCCCUGUGUGGGAAUCUGGCCUGCCUGUCAGAUCUGCAGGUGGCAGCCAAAGCCUUGGAGAUGGGUGUCUUUGGUGCAUACUUCAACGUGCUUAUCAACCUGAAGGAUGUGACAGAUGAUGCGUUUAAGGGCCAGAUCCGCCAGCGCAUCUCCAGCCUCCUGCAGGAAGCCCAGGCCCAGGCCGCGUCGGUGCUGGACAGCCUGGCAGCACGUGGAGAGUGACAGUGGCCGAUGUCCAUAGCUGUGACCCCCAUCUGCCCACAGCCCCAGAUCUCAGCAUGGUGUGGGCUGGGGCCAAAAAUGGGAGGGGGAGGGGGCCUGUCUGAUGUCUGUGGGUACACGGCCACCUUCUGUCACCGGGGCCUCCAGUAAAGUUCAUGGCAAACCUG